UCCAGAUUAAUCCUAACUUGUUCGAACUUUAACCCCCUCGUUUCGUCGUUAAAUAUCUUCGUCACUCCUACUUAGCUCCUCUGUAUCCUGGCUAUCUGGUUUUCUUUUUUUCAAAGAAGGAUCUUAAGAUACGCUGAUCUUCUGCUUUGCUUCCAAUCAUAUGGGGCUGCUUGACCAGUUGUGGGACGACACCGUUGCAGGUCCCCGACCCGAUAACGGCCUCGGCAAGCUCCGAAAGCACUCCACUUUCACUUUCAGGCCUAACUCCGCCAAGGAAUCAGAUGGCGGGAGUGUGAGAUCCUACUGUGAUGAGACGUCGGAGAAAGCGACGAGAGUGACACGUACUAUUAUGAUCGUAAAACCGCCGGGUCACCCGAGCGGAUCGCCUCCGGUAUCGCCAGCGGGGUCGACUCCUCCGGUAUCUCCUUUUUCUGGCAGAGAGUCGUAUCGGUUUCGGAGAAGGUCUACAUCGGAUGCGUACGAGAAGUCCAACGAGGUUGGACCCGGGAGCCCUCGUCCUCCUAACGACGUGUGAGAUAUGAACCUCUUUCCACUCGGCAACAAAUCAAUGUUGGUUUCUACGUCUUUGCAGCUUUAAGUUUGUGUAUGUCAAGCUCGGUUUGGUACUGUUUGCAUGCGUAGAUCUUUUGGAUGUGUAAUGUUAGACUGGAGUUGAAAAGCUGUAAUUAUAUAUGUAGAGAUGGUAAUCUACGUACGUACAUGUGCGUAUAUGUAUACGUAGUUUGCUACCUGUAUAUAGAGCUUGUAUCGUUUCCCUCUGCAGUUUGUUGAAUCUAUGGACGACAUUCUCUAGCUUGUUUUUAAGGAAUCAAGACAAAAUCUUUGCGUUAUCAGAAAUUUCCUGUGGUUGAACCAAUGGCUUAAGUUCCAUCUUGUUUCAUGAUGAAGCUGCAAAUUUAUAACACAGGAUUCAUCGGGGAGAUGUUCAAAUAUAAUUGCUUAAGUAGCAAGAUUUAACUUUGGUUUGGUAAUUGGAACGGUUGACUUAUGAAUCACAUAUGAUUAAUUUCUUGUUUACAGUUUGGUAAAAAAGCUGUUUUGUUUGAGCUUGUAUUUGUUGCUCACUCCAAGGAAUCUCAAAUUC